AAAUAAAUAAAUAAAAUCUUAAAAAAGUCGACCCCUGAGAUAUGUGCCACACCAAACUAAUGGUUGAGUGCGGGAAAAAAUGAAACAAAGUAAGAUGUGAAAAGUACUCAAAUCGAGUAUUUUUGUGGUAGUGAUUACUGCAGCUGGAUGUAUAUGCACGACGUGUGUCAAUAUAUGUAUGUAUACACAGACACACGCAGUAGUGCGUUUGCGUAGGAGGCACCACCAAAAUAACAACAGCAGAACAGCAAAGCAAUAUCCAUACCCGUAGCCACAGCCGGAGCAACAAAGAAGUCUCACCAUAUGUUCGAUGCGUCAGAGCGUCAUUGGGCGAACUCGCAGUGCCAAUGUUAAGCCGAUAGCCAGUAGCCAUAGGAUCCGAUCCGCAGCUCCAGACGCCGUGAGAAACAAGUGUCAGCCAUUUAGCCAGUGCUGGGGGAGCAUAUGCGAAGUGCAGGGCCAGGGCAAGUCGCGGAGGACACCAAACCGCCCGCACUAUGGGCAAUUGCCUGAAAUGCUUCCAGUCUUCUGCCGAACAAUCGUUGCCAACGUCCUCAUCUCCUAACGCAUCGCACUCGAACGCCUGCCAAACCACCAGCCUCGCCAACUGCUGCGAAUCGGUCGGCCCCAAUCCCAAUGCAAAUGAGCGCUGUGCCAUAUACAACGACCGGCCACGCGAAACAGACGAAUUGCUCUCUAGCCGAACUCCACUCAAGCCAGUAAAAGCAAACAAUUGUGAUACUAAGCGUAAUAGUUUUAAGUCUUUAGGUUUGCUUAAUGGAAGUGCACCCACGAUGAGCGAUAUCAUAACAACUGCUGUCAAGGAAUCCAUGGAGGUUUCACACCAAAAUCUAAUCAAACUGUUCGAUGUGUACAAAGACCCGGACGAUGAGGACAUGAUACUCACUGAUGGCAUCGAACGUUUGUGCAAUGAUCUGAACUAUCAGCCCGAUGAGUUCGCAAUACUUGUAUUGGCCUGGUGCCUGGAUGCCUCUCAGAUGUGCCGGUUCACCAAGACGGAAUUUAUUGAUGGCCUGCACAAGAUGCGUGCGGACACAAUAGCUAACAUUCGCCUGCGGCUGGAGCAAACAAUUGAGAUGCUUAAGGCGGAUUCCGAGAUGUUCAAGCAGCUAUAUCGUUUCACCUUUCGCUUUGGCCUUGAACCCGAUCAGCGUGUCCUCUCCCUGGAGAUGGCAAUAGAUUUGUGGAAACUAGUGUUCACUGUACAAUCACCUGAUCUCUUUUCUAACUGGAUAAACUUCCUCGAAAAGCACCCGAAUAUACGCCGCAUACCGAAGGAUACAUGGAACAUGUACCUCAACUUUACGGAACAAUGUGAUAUAAACAAUUACGAUGACACCGAAGCGUGGCCCAGUCUCUUCGACGACUUUGUGGAAUAUGAAAAGAAUCUUGCGCUGGAAUUGUCAGGUAUUCAUGACGAUGAUAACAACAAUGAUGAUCUCCUUCAGAGCCACGUCAAGGCUGGAGAUCUGGAUCACGUUUCGUAGUAUCUGUCUUGAGUGCAAGGCAGCGUUCAACUCGCCAAUAUAACAACAUAAAAAGAACUGUACAUUUUCAAAUUCAAAGUUCAUUUGCUCUCUCUUUCGGUUGCCUAUGUUUCCACAAAACACGCAAACCACACCACACCUGUGGUGUUGGGCAACUUUAGACAAACGUUGCGGUGCUGGCGCUGCUUAAGGAUUCCAACACAACACUCAUCACUCGGCAGUUAAAAUAGAAUAGCUUGCAAACCUUUCUCUGUGCUCGUAGCAGUAGCAAGUGCAACGGGCAAUGGCAUUUGUUUAUAUAAUUAAAGACUUAUCAAGAAGAAUUUCGGAAAAGCUCAA